AUGGAUCCUUCCAUUAUCAAGCUCCUCGAAGAAGACAAGGAUGAUUCUAUCCAUUCGGAAAAUGACGUGGCUGCGUUCCAGGCCUCUCUGAAUCGAGAAAUCGAAGGAAAAAACCAUUCUUCGAGUCAGCAGUCUGGAACAGGCAAUAAUGGUACUGGAGAUGCUAAUACCAACCUCCAUAUCCUUGAGAGUACUCAGAUGAAAGAGCAACAUCAACGAUCUGUUUCAGGCAAUCAAAACCAAGAGUUAAAGCGAGAAAAUGAGUCUCAUUUACAGCACCUCUCGUCUCAGGACCAUCAUCAACCAGGUCAACUCUUGGAGAAUGCUUUCCAUGUUCCCAAAUCAACUAACUUGCAGUCUAGAAACAACCAUAUAAGUACCCAGCGGGCUCAUGGUGUGGAACAGCCUGUUGGUCCUGUGCAUCAUGGUCCUGAGAAAGCAAAAGUUUGUGAAUUGCUUUGUAUCUUGGUAGAACUAGUUGACGAAGGUAGAAAGAUGCAGCUUCGUAACCUGUAUUGGCAAUUCAAGAGACAAGAAAUUAAAGCACAAGGGCUCAUUCGACAGGUGAGGCAUGUUGUAGGUGAGAAACAAAUGAGAUUGGCACUUAGCAAACUGCACAAGUUCAAACAGGGAAAUAAGGGAAUUGAAGUACCUGAAGGCCCAAACCAUUACGGAGAGUCAUUUACAUCUGCUGAAACCAGUGCUAAAAAUUCUGACCCUCGUGGAGUUCAUGUUAGCCAAGUGCCUUCUACGAGUUCUGGGACCUUAAGCAGUUCAGCUACUGAGCAGGCUUUACACAAUUUUGAGAGGCCAACUUCUGUAGAUGGUCUAAGUAGCGCUCAUGGUGGCCUUAUAUCCCACUUCCAAAACAACUCAUCCUUGCCUCUAUAUUCUGCUCCUUGUCAAGGAUCAGCCACUAAGGACCAGACAAUGGGCCCUUCCUCAUCAGCGGUACAUGAGAAGCAGAAAUCGAUUGAUCAAAGUUUUUACCAGGAACAGGAGCCUUGUUCUUUGGUGCACGAAGGCAUGUCUAAUGUUCCAAUGAAACAGAGCAAUGGUAACCCAUGGAGGUCAAAUGAUGACUUGGGGAAGCAGUCUUGUAAUAAAAUGGGUUUAUCCACAUCUACCACUAAUGCAAGCUUUGUUUCUCCUUCAAUGACAACACAAAUGGGCUCUAGCACAAUGGUUAAUUUCCCUGCACCAUCUGGAAACAUUCCCGCAGAAGCUAAGGUUAGGAAGACACCCAAAAAGCCUUCUGUUGGUCGGAAGAAACCUCUUGAUGCACUGGGCUCUUCGCUGCCACCAUCGAGCAAGAAGCAGAAAACAUGUCAGACUUCUUUAGAUGGAAGUAUGGAACAGUUUAAUGAUGUCACUGCACUCGGUGGCAUUAAUCUCGAGGAAGAGGAAAAAAAGUUAUUGGUUUCUGGAGCUAGAAAGCACGGUCAUGUUUCUGUAGCAUCUCGAAGGUUUGUGCAUGAAGAGGAAGAAAGAAGGAUUUUGCAGAAAGUUCCACUGCAGAGAAAGCUGGCAGAAAUCAGUUGGGUUUCAACCCAUCUCUUAGCUGCUUCUUAG